GCUGUAGCAGGUCGCAUUUUGAAAACCCCUUGACCGCGCUGCCAUGGCAGCGGUGGUUCCAGCGCAGCAGGUUUUGCAAGCGGCUUUCGGGGAGAACCCGCAGAACCUGCAGGUUCUACAUUUCGACCCCUCACGUGGCGAAACGGCGCUCUGUCGCAUUUUCCUUCGCCGCGGUGCUUGUAAAUGGGGUGAUUUAUGCCGCCAUAGCCACGAGAUGGACCUCUCAAGCUACUCCUUGCGUGCGCGAAGGGGUGCUGCCAUGCCGGCUCUAGUACAGGGGGAUCCGAAAGCUGCCUUGGAAACGGCCUCGGAAAACAUCGCCUUUGUGCUAAGCGGCCCAAAGGCGGUCUACGACUUCGAGGAUCCCCACGUGGCGCGGAGUUUUCUGGCGCCGGCCGCGUCCGACCUUUGGGCGUGUCUGCCCUGGGAGUUGGCCGUCGACACCUUGUGGAGUGCAGGGCCACGGGGGGCUGUCUCUGCAUGCAUGGCCUGCAAGGACUGGGGGCCCAAGCAGGUGGCGCAAGGCCUGCGAGAGCGUUUCUACCGCGAGGUCACAGGCGCAGACUUCAGUGGAUGUACCUGGCGUCACCUUUGCGACUUCAUGUUGACCAGGCGGCUUCUACACUCGGCACGUGGCGCACAGGGGGAACGGCGAGCCCUGGUAGAUCAGGGUUGUGGCCCCGUGGUGCACAUUUGCCAGCCGUCUCCAGUCUUCCUGCUGUUUCUGGACGGUGCUGUUACCUUUGCACUGCUCCGCAGUGGAGAGGUGCGAUGUCAUCGUAGCAGCACCGGACAGAUCUUGGGGCAGUCCACACGGCUGGGAAAAGGCCGACAACUGCAAGCUGCCGCCUUGCUGGGAUGCGAGGC